GCAAAAGCGCCAACGGUACGGAUCGCUUUCCACACAGUUCGUUGCAAGAAAUCGGUUCGUCGUUUUCCACGCCACUAGCGCAUUGUUUUGUGUGCGUGGUGGUCGUCUGUUUUAAUUGCCGUCCCGUGCGAACGGGUUCUAACGGGGAAUUGUGUUGCUAAAAAUUGCCACAAAAAGAAAAAAAGGAAACGCAAUAAUGGUUUAAAAGUUUUUUUGUUUGUUAAACAUGUUUGUGAGAUUCGAACCACCGCGUACCACCGUCGUCAUCAACAGCAGCAGCAGCAGCAGCAAACGCAACAGUAGUGCAGCAUCCAACCAAGCCCGUCGUAGUGGUGCAUCGGCCGUGUGAUCGAAUGUGUUUUCCAGCAAUAAUAAUACAUCCAAGCAAGCCAUACUAGAGCGAGAGAAGAAGAAGAAAAAAUGCGUCUUUCCGCGCGCAUCAAGUGUUUCAAGUAUUUAGUGUACGCAUAUGUUAUUCUAAUAUCGAUAUGUGGCGGUGCACAGCUAGUAAUCGGAGCAUUCCUACUCUGGACCCAUAAGCAGUACGCGCCGAUCGUAAAGAAUCAGUUCUGGGAACCGUUUGCCGUGCUGAUCGGGCUCGGCAUAAUCUCCCAAGCCCUCUGCUACCUUGGCUGGACGUCCACGAGCCGGAAGCAGCGGUGUUACUUAGGAUUGUUCUGCGCAUUUUUAGUGCUCUUCAUUGUGAUCUUAUUCUUAGUGAGUGGGUGGUCGGUCGCCACCAAGGCGCAUCUGAUCGUACCGGCCGAGGUGGCGAUCGAGACGAGCUUUACCGAGUUUCUGGCAAAAGACAACACCAACGAUCAGACGCACAUCUGGAACCGAUUGCAGCGGGAUUUCCGUUGCUGCGGGUACAAUGGCAUCCAUGACUACAAGAAGAACAAGCAGAUGGGCUUCCCCUGGUCCUGCUACGAUCCGAUCGACACGAAAGUCUUCAACACCGGCUGCAUGCACGUGUUCGUGAAGAGCAUCGAGAUGAACAUGAUUCGUGUCGCCGUGGUUGCGGUUGCCUCCGCGCUAAUACAGAGCCUGGGCAUAUUUUGCGCCAUUCAGCUGACGAUGCUGCUCCGACGGCCGACCCUGAUGCUGCCAAACGGUGACAACAACCAUUCGGUGCGGGUCAAGCGAACCCGCGAGCUGACGCCACUGUCACCCGUCACCAUCGGCAAUCCGACGCCCCACAGCAGUACAAAACCGCCGAUUCCACUGAAGCCCGUCGUGCCGCGGGUCGAUCAACCGGUCAUGAAGUCUUCUCACUGAAUUUGGCGUCAGUAACCAUCGCCAGUAACACAUACUAGCCAACGUAUACAAGCCAAGCAGAUGGAAAUCGUAUCGUGCCCAUAAAUCGUUAUUUUUAUCACUAUCUCAGCAGUACACGCGCGAGGCUGUUCCCGUGUUUGGGAAUAGUUUGGACUCCAUAUUUUAAUCACACACGAAUCACAAGUACGCAGCAACCGAGUAGUGAUGGCAUUUCGUUUCGCGUGUUUUUUUUUUAAAUUCAUUCGUCCGUUAGGCGUUAGGUGGUAACUAUGUACUUAAAUUCCGCGCUUACAGGCCGUUAGUCGUUAGAGGGAAGAAUAUGAAGCAGUUUAUCGAAGGAAUUGUCUAAGGAUAAGCGGUUAAGCACAAGCAGCAACGAUCGAAUAUAAUUAUAAUUUAAAGGUAGAGAUUGUAAAAAUAGAGCAAACAGUGAAUCAA